AUGGAUCCAGCUACUGGAGAAGUUGUCCACACCUUCAAGCUCGUCCUUGUUGGUGAUGGAGGAACUGGCAAGACUACAUUUGUCAAACGCCAUCUGACUGGAGAGUUCGAGAAGAAAUACAUCGCGACCCUUGGUGUCGAAGUUCACCCUCUCGGAUUCCAAACGAACCUAGGCAAAAUCCAAUUCGAUGUCUGGGAUACUGCGGGACAAGAGAAGUUCGGAGGUCUGCGUGACGGUUACUAUAUCGGUGGGCAAUGUGGCAUCAUCAUGUUUGACGUCACUUCCCGAAUUACCUACAAGAACGUCCCCAACUGGCACCGUGACUUGGUCCGAGUCUGCGAGAACGUCCCCAUCGUUCUUUGCGGAAACAAGGUUGAUGUCAAGGAGCGAAAGGUGAAGGCCAAGACAAUCACUUUCCACCGAAAGAAGAAUCUCCAAUACUAUGAUAUCUCUGCAAAGUCCAAUUACAACUUCGAGAAGCCAUUCCUCUGGCUUGGCCGCAAGUGUGUUGAUAACGCAGGCAUGGAAUUCGUUGCCCCCGUCGCCCUUGCUCCUCCUACUGAGAGCGUUGACAUAGCUGAACUUUUGGAAGCAAACAAAGAGAUGCGCGGUACUGAUGUCCCGCUCCCUGACGGUGAGGACGACUUGGACCUCUAA